AUGAAGACAGUUAAUUGCUACGUGCUGUUAUUUUGCUGGAAAGCAAUUUGCUGCCACAGCUGUCAGCUCACCAAUAUCACUAUAGCAGUGGAAAGAGAAGAAUGUGAAUUCUGCAUUACAGUGAAUGCCACGUGGUGCUCAGGAUUCUGCUUCACACGGGAUCCAGUAUAUAAAUAUCCACCAGUCUCAUCUGUUCAGCAAACAUGUACCUUCAAGGAGGUUGUGUAUGAAACAGUGAAGAUCCCUGGCUGUGGUGACCACCCUGAAUCCUUCUAUUCCUACCCAGUAGCCACAGAGUGUCACUGUGAGACCUGUGACACUGACACCACUGACUGCACUGUGAGGGGACUGGGGCCAUCCUACUGCUCCUUCAGUCAGAAUGGAAGCAACCAGUGAAGGGUCCUUGAGAUGGCACUUUGGCUUCAAAUGGUCCCUCCUAAAUAAAGGUACUGAUCAGGUUUAAGUGGAGGAAAAUAGGCAAGGCUCUUUAGAAAUUGCCAAGAUUGAAACAAAGAUUUUAAAGGCUAAAAUGGAGAGCUGCUGACUAAAUUCCUCUUCAGGCCUUCCCCACUGAUCCCAUCAGUUGCCUUAAAACCAU